AUGGGUCGCGGUGUCCUCCUCACCUCUAAUCUGCCCCAGCUGCAAAAUCUCAUCAAGCGCGAUCCCACAGCGUACAAGGAGGAGUUCCUGCAACAAUGGAACCACUUUAACAGCAUCCGCCAAAUAUUCCAGAUCAACCCGGACGAGAAUGCGCAACACUUUAGGGAACUGGUCUCUUUCAUUGCGCAGGUCUCCCAGUGCUACCCGAAAGAGACGGCGGACUUCCCGUCCCAACUCUCCACCUUAUUGCUCGAAAGCUAUGGGACGCUGUCCCCCGAUACCAGGAGAGCGUUGGUGCAGAACCUAGUCAUGCUGCGAAACAAGGAUGUCAUCAACUCUAUCACCUUGCUGCAAACCCUCUUCCCCCUGCUCCCCAAGACCACAUCGUCUACUCUUCGCGGGUUUAUCCGCAAAACUAUCCUGUCUGAUAUCCGCACAGCCAACUUGCGCACUAAAAACCAUAAGCUCAAUCGUGCCGUGCAAGCGAUGCUCUUCGGGAUGGUGGAGAGGGGAAUGGAGGCCGAAGUAGUGGGCGACAAGGGAAAGCUCAAGGCGGCCGCAGGGCCAGGCAGCAACGGCGAAGAAGCCAUGUGGGCCGUCGUACUGAGCAAGGAGCUAUGGCGCAAAGGGAUUUGGACCGAUUCAAAAACCGUCUCCAUCAUUGCUCUUGGGUGCUUCCACCCUGUCACCAAAGUGCAGAGCGCCUCUCUGCACUUCUUCCUGGGCAGCGACGAAGAGAAGGAGGACAGUGAUGAUGAGGAAGAAGAUCUCCCCAACGUCAGGACUCUUGAGCACCGUCGCGAGAUUAACAAGAAGACCAGAAGCGGCGACAAGAAACUGCGAAAGAUCGCGAAGACCGUCAAAUCUAAAAAGAAAAAGCGGGCUGAACUGACCGCCGCCAACUUCCCCGCCAUCCAGCUGCUUAACGACCCACAAACUUUCGGCGAGAAGUUGUACGACGUCCUCAACAAGUACGACAAGCGCUUCUCGCUCGACCACAAGAUCCUGCUCAUGCAGCUGCUCUCGCGCGUGAUGGGCGGGCACAAGCUCUGCGUGCUCGGCUUCUACACAUACAUUAUGAAGUACCUCGCGUACCACCAGCUGCGCAUCCCCGCGAUCCUUGUCGCGCUCGCGCAGUCCGUGCACGACUUCACGCCCCCCGACGCGCUCACCCCCGUCGUGCGCAAGCUCGCGCAGGAGUUCGUGCACCCCGGCGUGGGCAGCGAGGUCAUCGCGGCCGGCAUCAACGCGAUCCGCGAGGUCUGCCGUCGCCAGCCGUGGUCAAUGGAGGAGGACCUGCUCGGGGACCUCAUCGCGUACCGCAAGAGCCGCGACAAGGCCGUCACUUCCGCCGCGCGGGGUCUGCUCCAGCUGUUCCGUGAGGUCAACCCCGGCAUGCUCAAGCGGAGAGAGCGCGGUAAGGAGGCGAGCAUGGGCAUUGCGGGUGGCAGCCAGCCGCUGCCUUUCGGUCACAGCCUGCAGGCCGCCGUCGACAUCGAGGGCUUGGUGAUGCUGGAAGACCACUUGAAGAAGCUGCGCGAAGAGGACGGAAUCGUGUCGGGCGACGAAGACGAAGACGAGACGGCGGCAUGGGAGGGCUGGGACGUCGAAUCGGACUCGGACGAAUCGUCGGACGGCUGGAUCAGCGUCGAGUCUGACGGCGACGACGACCUGGAUCUCAGCGAUAGUGAAGACGAGGACGACAACAAGCGCAAAAAGAAGAAGAAAGGCAAAGGCAAAGCAGAAGAUGAGUUGGAAGAAGAUGAUGGGGACGGCGAGGAGGCGAGCAAGGACGAGGCUCCCGAAGAGGACGCAGUGCAGCGGAUCUCGUCGCUCGCAACCACAAAGAUCCUCACGCCCGCUGACUUCGCGAUGCUCAACGAGCUGCGCAUCAAAGCCGCGACCGACGCCGUCGCCGGCGGCGGCGGCUCCGGCACCAAGCGCAAGCUCGCCGCGCUCGAGGCGCAACGGAAGACGCUCCUCGCGAACGGCGACGGCACGCUGCAGGAGACCUUCAUCUCCGAGAUGGACAUCCUCGGGCCGCGCAAGAAGGCGAAGGCGGACUACGCGGAGCGCAUUGCGUCGAUCGAGAAGGGGCGCGAGGGGCGCGAGAAGUUCGGGUCCGCGAAGGGCAAGAAGAACAAGGCGGCGCCGAGCAGCACGACGAACCGCGAGAAGGCGCGCAACAAGCCGAUCAUGAUGAUUAUCGCGAGCGGCGCGGUCAAGGGCAAGAAGAAGGCGUCGCUGAGGCAGAAGCAGCGCAAGCUCCGCGCGCAUAUCGACAAGGCGAAGAAGUCGCAUCACUGA